AUGGGAUUCAGGUCCUAUCCCCAGCGUCUAGCAAAUGUCCUUACCACCAGACGGUGGGAAUACUUUGCAGUUAGCUGUGGUAGCCUCUGCAUCGCGUUUUUCGUCAUCGCAUUCGCGGUAUCGGGAAAUAUCCCACCCACCGCACCAUGGUGGGAUGCUAAGCGAGUCCACGCUCAUUACUGGGCCCAUGUGAAGGGUAGCCAAGCCAGUAGUGUAUUUCUCAUGGUCGCCGGGGCUAUUUAUGUCGUCUAUUCAGCAGCUCUCACACGGCAGAUUCGUAAAAUCCCCGAAAUCGAUCCCAUCCUUGGCGACCUUCAACUUGCGAGUGCAGCAGCAGGUUUCAGCGCCUUUAUGCUAGGCGCCAUUGCUAUGGGCCUAUUGACAUUCCGCGAUUAUGGCCCGGAGUUGACACAGCUCUUGAAUGAUAUUUUCUGGAUGGCCACAUUUUUAACGUGGCCAAUCUUCUUGGUGCAGAUGUGGACGGUUGCGUGGGCCAGUCUCGGCGAUAAGAGCUCCAACCCUGUACUUCCUAGAAGCAUGGGUGUGAUCAACUUUGUCGCCCCCAUUGUCUUUGCUUUGAGCAGCGGAAUCCACAUACAUCACACGGGUCCUAUGGCAUGGAAUAGCGGCCUUGUGUUUUGGCCUAGCAUGAUAGCUUUUGGAGUGCAAGUCAAUAUUGACACCUGGUAUAUGUGGAGGAAUCUAGAAGAUAGGCGUCAUCUUCCCUAG